GUAUUAAUUUAUUCUCAAAUUAACAAAAAUUCAAAUCUAAAUUCCAAAGUUCAUCUUUUCAAACACCAACAUAUUUUUAGAAUAAAAAAUUUAAUUCUUUUUAAAAAUAAUUGAUGCCCUAAACUCUAAUUAUUUGUUUAUAUUAUAAUUUAUGGUCUGUCUGGAAACCUGUUGGAGUUCUGCACAUUGGUGUAUAGAAAUCUAACUACACCGUUUGGGAUCACAUUUAAUAAGAGCCUGAAUUUUGAAUUUGGGUGACAUUCGAGGGAAUCUGAUGCGCGGAAGCGCAAUCCAUGAAUUUCAAAGGCUCUUAACCCAAAAAUUUGGAUUUGUGUCUUGAAUUUGAUCCCGAACACGCUUCUCUUCUUCCUCCCGCCGCCGUCGAAGCUCCUUUCUUAAUCCCCGAUUUCUCCUUCUGGACACAAUCUUGCUGAAGCUACAACGAGCUCGUUGGAGCUGUGUCUGCCUUCAGGUUUGAUGCAAAAUGUCCCCAAGAGCUGCCCAAAUCCGCCUUGUCAGUAUGCAUCCUGAAGUUUAUGAGCCAUGUGAUGAUUCUUUUGCGCUAGUUGAUGCACUAUUAGCUGAUCGAACUAAACUGAUAGAGCAUCAUCCAACAUUGUGCAUGGAAGUGGGUAGUGGUAGUGGUUAUGUUAUUACUUCCCUUGCUCUUAUGCUCAGAAAGGAGGCUCCUAGAGCUCAGUAUUUUGCAACUGAUAUCAAUCCGCAUGCCAUGGAAGUGACACGAAAGACACUGGAAGCACAUGGUGUUCAUGCAGAAUUGGUAGCCACAGAUAUUGCGUCGGGACUGGACAGGAGACUCGCAGGAUUGGUGGAUGUGAUGGUUGUGAACCCACCAUAUGUGCCAACCCCUGAGGAUGAAGUGGGACGUCAUGGGAUUGCAUCUGCAUGGGCUGGAGGAGAGAAUGGCCGAAGCGUUAUUGAUAAGAUAUUGCCUGUAGCUGACAAUCUUUUGUCAGACAGGGGCUGGUUGUACAUGGUCACCCUUUCUGCAAAUGAUCCUUCACAGAUCUGCCGUCAAAUGGGAGAGAAGGGUUACGCAGCUAAAAUUGUUGUCCAGAGAUCGACAGAGGAAGAGAGUCUUCAUGUUAUCAAGUUUUGGCGUGAUGGUACCCAAUCAAUGGCAAAGGAAAUGUCAAACACGAACAACACAGUAUUUAGAGGGGUCCUGGAAUCUGUUCGCUCGCAAUUUCCUCAAUUAUUGUUCUGGAGCAAUGGCCAUGACAACAACAGCUGACAAAUGGAAGGGUAGAGGUUUCCUUGAUUAUCUCACCUGCCAAAGCUAUAUCAUUUCAUUCCUCUGAAAAAAAAAGCAUUCGGUAAAAUAUGAUUCAUUUAUCAACGAUUUUUGUAAUUUUUUGUUUUGACAAAUAUGUUCACUAAAAGUCUUAUGAUUGCUUCUCUUAAUCAAAGUGAGGGCCUUGGCCAGACACUUGACAUUUUUGUGUUUAUUUUUGCUAAAAGUUUCCUUAAUGACAUUUUACUUCCCACGUGACAAAA